AUGGCGAUGGAGAUGACGGCGCGGUGCCGUGCGGUAUGUGCUCUGGCGGUUCUUGUGCUUCUGUGCGGCUGCGGCUGCUCCCCCGUGUGCGGGGCGACGCUGGAUAAGAAAGAAAGCUUAAAAUACCCGCCGAAGGAGUGUAAUGUGGUGGUGCCGUUCGAGGUUUCAUGUGGGGGCACCGAUAGCAUACCAAAGCUUCGAUUUCUUGGUGGCAAUGAUACAUAUAGGUUGGAUUGUUCAUCCUCGCUUAAUGAGGAUAGUUUGCAUGAUGAUCCGACGCUUAUCACUGAGUACAUUGAAAUGGGGUUUUGCAUUGACGGCCCUGAUGUGCACUUUUGUGCCGAUCAUACAGAUGCGUUUCUUCCGUGUUUUGCGGCCAACUCAAUCUACGCAUCUAACAACUGUGAAGCCAGCUGUGCAGGCAAGGAUGCAAAUAGCACCGUGGCGUUCACAAUGAAUUUUUGGACAUAUGAAGAUAGCGACCCCCACCGCAUUUGGAAGAGUAUGGCCACCGUCGGAAAAAGAUCUACGUCAAAACCCACGGGGGGGCGUCUGUUCGUUACCGCCUCCCAGUAA